AUGAGUGAGAACAAAAUAUUAAUAAUGUUCGCUAUUACACUCCUUUUUAUCAUUGCGUUGAACGCUCGUGUGGUUCCUUUGACUCACGAAAACUUCGAUGAGGUCGUAAAUGGAGACAAGAACGUGUUUGUGAAAUUUUAUGCUCCUUGGUGUGGACAUUGUCAGCACCUUGCUCCGGAAUACGAGAUUCUGGCGGAAUCGUUCGCUAGAGUGAAGAAUGUGGUGAUUGCGGAAGUGAAUGCUGACGAGGACAGAGAACUCGCCAACCGUUUUGAAAUCCACGGAUACCCCACGCUCAAGUUCUUCCCUGCCGGCCAUCCGGACGCUCCGGAAGUUUACCAAGGCGAGCGCUCUGCCGAAGCCCUUACGAACUGGCUGAACGAAAAGAUGGGUACGCGCGUGACGGUGAAGGGCGCUACCAACAACGUGAAGGUCUUGACCCCCGGUACCUUCGACCAAACGAUCGGCGAGGAAGGCAAGACGGUCUUCGUGAAGUUCUACGCGCCCUGGUGCGGCCACUGCAAGAAGCUGGCUCCGGACUACAAGAAGCUGGCGGACGUGUUCGCGGAGGAGAAGAACGUGAUCAUCGCGGAAGUGGACGCGGACAAAUACAAAGACCUCGCGCGUGCGUACGACGUGGCGGGCUACCCGACGCUCAAACUGUUCAAGAACGGCGAGAUCGUGGAUUACAAGGAGGCGCGCGACCUGGCUUCGCUGGUGGCGUUCGUGAACAAGCACGCGGGAACGGCGCGAGAGACCGACGGGUCGCUGAAGAAGAGCUACGGACGCAUUGCGGAGGUGGACGAGGUGCUGCAGAAGGCGGAGGGCUUCAGCGAGGAGCUGCAGAAGGAGGUAGAGGCGAUCUUGGAGAAGACGGAGGCGAAGGUGGCGGAGAGCAAGCGGAUUUACGCGUCGAUUCUGAAGAAGAUCGCGGAGAAGGGAGAGAAGUAUGUGCAGGACGAGCGAGCCAGAUUGACCAAGUUUGUCGAGGGAGAGAACAUCGCUCCGCUGAAGAAGGGAUUGUUCCGAAUCCGGCUGAACAUUCUGGAUGCGUUCAACUGGGGGGUAAAGAAUGAGGAGGAAUUGUGGAUUGUUUGUUGGAGAGCAUAG